AUGAGUGUCCCAGAAAUCCCAAAGGAACAAUGGGCCCAGGUCAUCGAAAAGACGGGCGGUCCAGUCGAGUACAAGAAGAUUCCCGUCCCACAGCCCGGCCCAGAUGAAGUCCUCGUCAACAUCAAAUACAGCGGCGUCUGCCACACCGACCUCCACGCCGUCAACGGCGACUGGCCCUUGGCCACCAAACUCCCCCUCGUCGGCGGCCACGAAGGCGCCGGCAUAGUCGUAGCCCGCGGCUCGCUAGUAAAAGACAUUGAAAUCGGCGACCACGCCGGCGUAAAAUGGCUCAACGGCUCCUGUCUCUCCUGCUCCUUCUGCCAAACCGCAGACGAACCACUCUGCCAAUCCGCCCUCCUCUCCGGCUACACCGUCGACGGCACCUUUCAGCAAUUCUGCAUUGCAAAAGCCGCCCACGUCGCCCGCAUCCCCAAGGAAUGCGACCUCGCCGCCAUCGCCCCCGUUCUCUGCGCCGGCAUCACAGUGUACAAGGGUCUCAAGGAAUCCGGCGUCCAGCCGGGUCAGUGGGCUGCUAUUGUAGGGGCUGGAGGUGGGUUGGGAUCGCUGGCGUGUCAGUAUGCAAAGGCGAUGGGGGUGCGUGUGAUUGGCAUUGAUACGGGAGAGGAGAAGAAGAAGAUGUGUAUGGAGCAGUUGGGUGCGGAAUCGUUUGUCGAUUUUGCCACGUCGAAGAAUCUCGUGGCUGAUGUGCAGAAUGCUACGCCCGAUCGCUUGGGUCCUCAUGUCGUCAUUCUCGUCGCUGUCAACGAGAAGCCGUUUCAACAGGCGGCCGAGUAUGUUCGUCCCCGUGGUACCGUCAUCUGCAUUGGCUUGCCUGCGGGCGCCUAUCUCAAGGCUCCGGUGUUUGAGACUGUCAUCAAGAUGAUUCGCAUCCAGGGCUCCUAUGUCGGUAAUCGCAAGGAUAGCGCAGAGGCGAUUGAGUUUUUUAGGCGUGGGCUGAUCAAGGCUCCCUACAAGAUUGUCGGCCUGUCUGAGCUGCAGAUGGUCUAUGACAAGAUGCAUGCCGGGGCCAUUGUCGGACGCUACGUCUUGGAUACUUCCAAGUAA